CGUGUCAUCGACCACAACGCUGUAAUAGUACUGUAUGAAAAUCAAAUUAGUUUGUGGUUUGGCAAUCGGUUCGGGACAGAGGCGGUGCGCAAGAUGUGGUGAACAUGUGGCAUGAGUAUUCAAACCGGAUGCUUUGGGCCGAAAGCUCCAACAAUGGACACCUUAGUUCUUGAAGAUCAUGUCUCCGUAGUUUCCAAAGUAAAUGUCCUGGGUGAUGAUACCCAUGAAGGCAACCAUAGCCAAUCGUCCGUUGUUGAUUUCCUUGUUUUGGUAGUCAACCCAUCCCUCGUCCGUGUUGUCGACCCAGUAGGCGGCUCCCAAGAGAUCGCCCGGUACGUAUCCGGGGCGGUCCUUGAUCUUCUCCGCGAGCCACUCGAUGGCACCGCAGCCCAGCACGAACUGGAGCCAGCCAACGGCGGGGAGUUCCUUGGCGGCCUCAAGGGGGUUGUUGCUGAGGGACGAGUUGAAGGCGGGGUGGACUCCGGCGGCGUUGAGGUACCAUCCGAGGCAGGCAGCCAUGGCGACGCGUCCGUGCUUGAGCUCGGCCUCGCGGUACAUGUUCAUGGUGGCAUCGUCCUUGUUCUUGGAAAGACCGAUGGGGUCAAAGAAACCCAUGGGUGCGGUGAUUCCAAUCACGUUCUCGUCCUUCCAGGCGGACAGAGACGUUGUCUUCUGUUGUUGCUGGGAAGGAGCAAAGGCGGCGCUGGAGUUCGAAAAGAAAAGCGAGCAAAAGAAAAGCAACCAAGCAAGACAAUGCAUGGAUGAGACGAAGCGCUGGCGAUGAAUCAAGACCGAGAAAAGGA